GAAAAGAACCCCUAAAAAGAAAAAAAAAUGAUGAAGUCUUUGAUUUGUCUCUCCCUCAUCCUCCUCCCUCUCAGUCUCAUCUUCGUUGUGGAAGGGUUUCACGGUAAGAGUGUGCCAAUCAAAGAUGUCUCAGCUCCAAACGUUAUAGAGGUCGCCAAGUAUGCGAUUGAUGAGCAUAACUCGGAAACGAAUGAUAAUCUUAUGUUCGUUGAGAUCGUCGAGGGAAAGAGGGAAGUGCUCUCUGCGAUAAUAUACGAUCUGAUCAUCGCGGUUAAGAAUGAAGGUGGUGCGACCAAGAACUACAAGGCUGUUGUGAUGGAAUCUGGAAGGGAUAAGAUCCUUUAUUCAUUCAAUGAGGUAUAGGUCGAGAUAUCAUGAUUUAAGGCUUUGACAUUGUAUGUUUGUAUGUUUGUUUGUUUCUUGUUUUUUGUUGUUUUGGAAUAAAAACUGAACUGGAGAUAUGUUUUUUCUUUUCUAUAAGAUUCGAUAAGAGUUCUGUGUUACUUGAAGCUCUCUAGUUCGAGACGGACUGUAUUCUAUACAAGACCAAUGUACAAUUAUUAAAAACUUUAUACAAAGGCCCUAAAUACCUCAAUAUGCUCCUUUGUUGUCUUUGGAGAGCAAUGCAAGGGUGAAUAACUCUAACAAAAUCAUUGAAAAGCUAACUGAUGCAAGUCGAGAAGCUUCGUUGCAGAUUUGUGGUUGGUCAGUGAUGUGCCUAACCUUUAAAUAAGAUAUUGUCAUGUA